AGACUGGUUGUGCAGGAGCGGGUGAGUGCGGCCGCUGUGGGUGCAUGCGCGGCAGGCCUGGGGCCCGGCCACCCGCUGCCUCACCUGCAGGGAGGGGCCUCCCAGAAACUCCUUUCCCGGGUGCCCAGCCGCCCCACCUUGCCAGACUUAGCUGACCAGCCAGCAAGGACGCCCGCUGCCUCCCACCUGCCCUCCUGCCCGCCUUCGCCAGCCGAGCCCAGCCUUCGCCAGCACCUGCCUUUACGACCAUGUUCAAGGGGCUGGGCAAAGGCUCCCAGGGGAAGGGGUCCCCCAAGGGAUCCCCAGCCAAGGGGUCCCCUAAAGCCUCCCCCAGCAAGCACAGCCGGGCUGCCACCCAGGAGCUGGCCCUGCUCAUCUCUCGCAUGCAAGCUAACGCCGACCAGGUGGAGCGGGACAUCCUGGCGACACAGAAGAGGCUGCAGCAGGACCGGCUGAACAGCGAGCAGAGCCAAGCCCUGCAGCACCAGCAAGAGACGGGCCGCAGCCUGAAGGAGGCCGAGGUGCUGCUCAAGGACCUCUUCCUGGAUGUGGACAAGGCCCGGCGGCUCAAGCACCCACAGGCCGAGGAGAUCGAGAAGGACAUCAAGCAGCUGCACGAGCGGGUGACCCAAGAGUGUGCAGAGUACCGAGCCCUGUAUGAGAAGAUGGUGCUGCCCCCCAAUGUGGGACCCAGGGUCGACUGGGCACGGGUGCUGGAGCAGAAACAGAAGCAGGUCUUUGCAGGCCAGUACGGGCCAGGGAUCGCAGAGCUGGAGCAGCAGAUUGCAGAGCACAACAUCCUGCAGAAGGAGAUCGAGGCCUACGGGCAGCAGCUGCGGAGCCUCAUCGGGCCGGAUGCAGCCACCGUCCGGAGCCAAUACCGAGACCUACUGAAGGCGGUGUCGUGGCGCGGGCAGAGCCUGGGCAGCCUGUACACGCACCUGCAGCGCUGCACGCGGCAGCUGAGCGCCCUGGGGGAGCAGCAGCGCCGCAUCCUGCAGCAGGACUGGAGCGACCUCAUGGCCGACCCCGCGGGCGUGCGGCGGGAGUAUGAGCACUUUAAGCAGUAUGAGCUGCUGAGCCAGGAGCAGAGCGUGAACCAGCUGGAGGACGACGGCGAGCGCAUGGUGGAGCUGCGGCACCCGGCAGUGGGGCCCAUCCAGGCCCACCAGGAGGCCCUGAAGACGGAGUGGCAGAACUUCCUGAACCUGUGCAUCUGCCAGGAGGCCCAGCUGCAGCACGUGGAGGACUACCGCCGGUUCCAGGAAGAGGCCGACUCAGUCAGCCAGACCCUGGCGAAGCUCAACUCCAACUUGGAUGCCAAGUACAGCCCUGCACCUGGGGGCCCCCCUAGCACCCCAUCAGAGCUACUGCGACAGCUGGAGGUAGAGGAGAAACAGCUGGCUGUCACUGAGAGGGCCACUGAAGACCUGCAGCGGCGAAGCCAGGAGGUGGCCCCUCUGCCACAGCGAAGACACCCGCCCCAGCAGCCCCUGCGCGUGGACAGCAUCUGUGACUGGGACUCAGGAGAAGUGCAGCUUCUGCGGGGUGAGCGGUGUAAGCUGAUGGACAACACUGACCCGCACACCUGGGUCGUGCAGGGCCCUGGUGGGGAGACCAAGCGUGCCCCUGCUGCCUGCCUCUGCAUCCCAGCACCGGACCCUGAAGCCGUGGCCAGGGCCUCCCGGCUGGCCUCAGAGCUGCAGGCCGUGAAGCAGAAAUUGGCCACCGUCCAGAGCCGCCUGAAGGCCAGUGCUGCGGAGUCUGUUCGGCCCAGCCAACAGGCUCCAUCUGGCUCGGCCCCAGCCAACCCACAGGCCCAGAAGCUCCUGACACAGAUGACCCGCCUGGAUGGGGACCUGGGGCAGAUAGAGAGGCAGGUGCUGGCCUGGGCACGGGCCCCGCUGAGCCGCACCACACCCCUGGAGGACCUGGAGGGCCGCAUCCACAGCCACGAGGGCAUAGCCCAGCGCCUGCAGAGCUUGGGAGCGGAGAAGGAGACAGCCCAGAAGGAGUGCGAGGCAUUUCUGUCCACACGGCCCGUGGGUCCCGCUGCCCUGCAGCUGCCUGUGGCUCUCAACAGCGUGAAGAACAGGUUCAGUGACGUGCAGGUUCUGUGCAGCCUCUACGGGGAGAAAGCCAAGGCUGCCCUGGGUCUGGAGCGGCAGAUCCGGGAUGCAGACAGGGUCAUCCAAGGCCUCGAGGCCACCCUGGUGCAGGAGGCCCCCAUCCCUGCUGAACCAGGGGCGCUGCAGGAGAGGGUCAGUGAGCUGCAGCGCCAGCGGAGGGAGCUGCUGGAUCAGCAGGCCUGUGUGCUGGGGCUGCACCGUGCGCUGAAGGCCACCGAGCACGCGUGCGCCGCACUGCAGAACAACUUCCAGGAGUUCUGCCAAGACCUGCCUCGCCAGCAGCGCCAGGUGCGAGUCCUUACCGACCGCUACCACGCCGCAGGGGACCAGCUGGACCUUCGGGAAAAGAUGGUGCAGGAUGCCGCCCUCACCUACCAGCAGUUCAAGAACUACAAGGAUAACCUGAGCUCCUGGCUGGAGCACCUGCCCCACGGCCACUCGCGGCCCAGCGACGGCCCCAGCCAGAUAGCCUACAAGCUGCAGGCGCAGAAGAGGCUGAUGCAGGAGAUCCAGAGCCGAGAGCGUGACAGGACCAUGGCAUCCCGCCUCUCCCAGGCCCUGCAGGCGGCGCUCCAGGACUAUGAGCUGCAGGCAGACACCUACCGCUGCUCCCUGGAGCCCACCCUGGCAGUGUUAGCCCCCAAGAGACCCCGAGUGGCUCCCCUGCAGGAGAGCAUCCAGACCCAGGAGAAGAACCUUGCAAAGGCCUAUACAGAGGUUGCAGCAGCACAGCAGCAGCAGCUGCAGCAGCUGGAGUUUGCUAGAAAAAUGCUGGAGAAGAAGGAGCUCAGUGAGGAUAUCCAGGGGACCCAUGAUGCAAAGCAGGGGUCCAAGAGCCCUGCCCAAGCAGGGAGAGAGUCAGAGGCCCUGAAGGCCCAGCUGGAAGAGGAGAGGAAGCGGGUGGCCCAGGUGCAGCACGAGCUGGAGGAGCAGAGGAGCCAGCUGCUGCAGCUGAGGACCCAACGGCCUUUGGAGAGGCUGGAGGAAAAGGAAGUAGUGGAGUUCUACCGGGACCCCCAGCUGGAAGGCAGCCUGUCCAGGGCGAAGGCUCAGGUGGAGGAGGAGGGCAAGCGGCGGGCCGGCCUGCAGGCAGACCUGGAAGUGGCAGCCCAGAAGGUUGUGCAGCUGGAGAGCAAGAGGAAGACCAUGCAGCCUCAUCUGCUGACCAAGGAGGUCACCCAGGUGGAGAGGGACCCCGGCCUGGACAGCCAGGCAGCCCAGCUCAGGGUCCAGAUCCAGCAACUCCGCGGGGAGGAUGCUGUCGUCUCAGCCCGACUGGAAGGGCUGAAGAAGGAGCUACUGGCCCUUGAGAAGAGGGAGGUGGACGUGAAGGAGAAGGUCGUGGUGAAAGAGGUGGUCAAGGUGGAGAAGGAUCUGGAGAUGCUCAAGGCAGCCCAGACUCUGAGGCUGCAGCUUGAGGAGGAUGCUGCACGGAGGAAGGGGGUGGAGGAGGCUGUGGCCAAGCUACGGGCACGCAUCCAAGACCUGGAGCGGGCUAUCAGCGCGGUGGAGCCCAAGGUCAUCGUGAAGGAGGUGAAGAAGGUGGAGCAGGACCCAGGCCUCCUCCAGGAGUCCUCCAGGCUGAAGAGCCUCCUCGAGGAGGAGAGGAGCAAGAACGCGAUGCUGGCCAGAGAGCUGAGCGACCUGCACAGCAAGUACAGCGUGGUGGAGAAGCAGAGGCCCAAGGUGCAGCUCCAGGAGCGCGUCCUCGAGGUCUUCCAGGUGGAUCCGGAGACAGAGCAGGAGAUCACCCGGCUCAGGGCCAAGCUGCAGGAGACAGCGGGCAAGAGGAGCAGUGUGGAGAGGGAGGUGGAGAAGCUGCUGCCUGACCUGGAGGUCCUGCGGGCCCAGAAGCCGACGGUGGAGUAUAAGGAGGUGACCCAGGAGGUGGUGCGGCACGAGAGGAGCCCCGAGGUGCUGCGCGAGAUCGACCGGCUCAAGGCUCAGCUCAACGAGCUGGUCAACAGCCACGGGCGCUCCCAGGAGCAGCUCAUCCGCCUGCAGGGCGAGCGUGACGAGUGGAGGCGUGAGCGGGCCAAGGUGGAGACAAAGACGGUGAGCAAGGAGGUGGUGCGUCAUGAGAAGGAUCCAGUGCUGGAGAAGGAGGCAGAGCGGCUCCGCCAGGAGGUGCGGGAGGCGGCCCAGAAGAGGCGGCUGGCAGAGGACGUGGUGUACGAGCUGCAGAGCAAGCGGCUGUUGCUGGAGAGGAGGAAGCCCGAGGAGAAGGUGGUGGUGCAGGAGGUCGUGGUCACCCAGAAGGAUCCCAAGCUGCGAGAGGAGCACAGCCGGCUGAGCCGGAGCCUGGAUGAGGAGGUGGGCCGGCGGCGGCAGCUGGAGCUUGAGGUGCAGCAGCUGCGGGCAGGCGUGGAGGAGCAGGAGGGCCUGCUCAGCUUCCAGGAGGACCGCAGCAAGAAGCUGGCUGUGGAGAGGGAGCUGCGGCAGCUGACCUUGAGGAUCCAGGAGCUUGAGAAGCGGCCUCCCACGGUGCAGGAGAAGAUCAUCAUGGAGGAAGUGGUCAAGCUGGAGAAGGACCCGGACCUGGAGAAGUCCACGGACGCCCUGCGGCGGGACCUGGACCAGGAGAAGGCCCAGGCAAAGGAGCUGCAUCGGGAGUGCAAGAACCUGCAGGUCCAGAUCGACGUUCUCCAGAAAGCCAAAUCGCAGAAGACCAUCUACAAGGAAGUGAUCCGGGUACAGAAGGACCGCGUGCUGGAGGAUGAGCGGGCCCGCGUGUGGGAGAUGCUCAACCGCGAGCGCACAGCCCGGCAGGCCCGGGAGGAGGAGGCACGGCGCCUGCGGGAGCGCAUUGACCGGGCGGAGGCGCUGGAGAGGACCUGGUCCCAGGAGGAGGCCGAGCUGCAGAGGGCCCGGGACCAGGCUGACCAGGAGCGUGGGCGGCUGCAGCAGGAGCUGCGGGCUCUGGAGAGGCAGAAGCAGCAGCAGAUGCUGCAACUGCAGGAGGAGUCGAAGCUACUCAGCCAGAAGACAGAGAGCGAGCGGCAGAAGGCAGCCCAGCGGGGCCAGGAGCUCUCACGGCUUGAGACGGCCAUCCUCCAUGAAAAAGACCAGAUCUAUGAUAAGGAGCGGACCCUCCGGGACCUCCACGCCAAGGUGAGCCGGGAGGAGCUCAGCCAGGAGACCCAGACACGGGAGACCAACCUUUCCACCAAGAUCUCCAUCCUGGAACCCGAGACAGGGAAGGACAUGUCCCCGUACGAGGCCUACAAGAGCGGCAUCAUCGACAGGGGCCAGUACCUGCAGCUGCAGGAGCUCGAGUGCGACUGGGAGGAGGUCACCACCUCGGGGCCCUGUGGGGAGGAGUCUGUGCUCCUGGACCGCAAGAGCGGGAAACAGUACUCCAUCGAGGCUGCACUCCGCUGCCGGCGCAUCUCCAAGGAGGAGUACCACCUGUACAAGGACGGCCACCUGCCCAUCUCCGAGUUUGCGCUGCUCGUGGCUGGAGAGACCAAGCCAAGCUCCUCACUCUCCAUCGGCUCCAUCAUCUCCAAGUCCCCACUUGCCUCCCCGGCCCCCCAGAGUGCCAGUUUCUUCUCUCCCAGCUUCUCUCUUGGGCUCAGUGAUGACAGCUUCCCCAUCGCUGGAAUCUACGACACAACCACGGACAACAAGUGCAGCAUCAAGACGGCCAUGGCCAAGAACAUGCUGGACCCCAUCACCGGGCAGAAGCUGCUGGAGGCCCAGGCGGCCACAGGGGGCAUCGUGGACCUGCUCAGCCGCGAGCGAUACUCCGUGCACAAGGCCAUGGAGAGGGGCCUGAUUGAGAAUACCUCCACGCAGAGGUUGCUCAAUGCCCAGAAGGCCUUCACUGGCAUCGAGGACCCCGUCACCAAGAAAAGGCUGUCGGUGGGCGAGGCCGUCCAGAAGGGCUGGAUGCCCCGGGAGAGCGUGCUCCCACACCUGCAGGUGCAGCACCUGACCGGGGGGCUUAUCGACCCCAAGAGGACAGGCCGCAUCCCCAUCCAGCAGGCCCUCCUCUCCGGGAUGAUCAGUGAAGAGCUGGCCCAGCUCCUGCAGGACGAGUCCAACUACGAGAAGGAUUUGACAGACCCCAUCUCCAAGGAACGGCUGAGCUACAAGGAGGCCAUGGGCCGCUGCUGCAAGGACCCUCUGAGCGGCCUGCUGCUCCUGCCCGCGGCGCUGGAGGGAUGCCGCUGCUACCGCUUGGCCUCCCCCACUGUCCCACGCUCCCUGUGCUGACACAGGCCAGGCAGCCGGUAGGUGAAUGUGUGUGUUGGGGCGGGCAGAAUACCCCUUGCCUCAGAGUAUCCUCAUCCCCAGCAGUGGGUCUUCCUGUUGACCGCUGUUUUUUAUUAUUUUACUACCAUGAUGUUGGGCUCCCUCCCCUAACCUUGGUGACCGAUCCAUCCCCAGACCAGGACAGCAGCAGCUCAGUCCUUCCUCCCUCCGUGUCCACCCGGUGAUCCCAAUAAACGAAUUCUCCCUGUGCCA